AUGCAGAACAUACAAGAUGGGGGGCCGAGGGUGCGCGCAGCGACGUGGAGCACGCGUGAGUUUGACAGCUGGAUGGACCUGCUCGGCAUCUCAAGAUGUGUGCAAGUCGACAACAUUGACGGAUGUGGUAGGGGGCUGAGGGCAACAAGAGACUUGCUCCCCGAUGAGGUCGCGUUGAAGGUACCAUCGGAACUUCUGCUAUCAGACCAAACGGUGCUACAUCACUCGAACUACGAAGAUAUGCAAGAGGGAAUGUCAUGGAGCUCAAGACUAGCUCUGGGCCUUCUGAACGAGAAGUCGAGGGGAGACAGGUCUGUACAUCGUGACUACAUUGGAAUGCUUCCUGCCCCGCCACGAGUGCUGAGCAGGUGGAAGGAGGACGAGCUGGUGGAGCUGCAGAACAGAACCCUUGAGGGAGAGACGGAUAUGAUAUACUUCUGGAGGCACGAGAACUGGGAGGAUACCAUCACGUCGGCAGAAAGAGUUUUGACGGGCUCUGAGUUCGACUCGUUCCGGCAGAGGAUUUCGCAGCAAGACUUCCUCGACGCUCAUGACCUGGUUUGCUCGCGAGCGAUCAAGUUGGAGACGGCAAGAGGGGUGGAGCGAUUCUUGGUUCCUGUCUUUGACUUGGCCAACCAUUCGCCGAGGGGCGGAAGGUAUGCCAUGGACGAGGAUGGGAACGUGUGCCUGAUCACUGGCAUUGAAGUCACGCGGGGAGCAGAGGUCUGCUUGGACUACGGAGGGAGGACGAAUGAUCAGUUCCUCCUGCACUACGGUCACUUGUCUCCCGCUUGUCUCCGCACUAAUGCCACCCGAGUAGACGGAUCGCAACAUCACAUCUCCUGGCUUGACCUCGGGGAGCCUCUCCACAAGAACGUGCGCGAGGCUGCUGAAGCCCUGCUCCAGACGAUGCCGACGUCGGUUGAGGAGGAUCUCAAUCUGCUCGAGGAGGAGGCGGGCGAGCAGGCCUUGGCACUGCAAUAUCGGAUCGGGAAGAAGCAGCUGCUGCGAGCCAUUGCCGGGAAACAGGAAGCGUUUGACUGGUUUCUUGAGGGAUUGUUCUGA